AGUAUCUUGGUAGUGUCUGUUCUGCUCGUGAAUCAAUGUAUCUUUCUCCAGUCCUCCCACAGUGAACAAUUUACUGGCUGAUUGAAUGUUUUACAUGAUCAUUUGACCAAGAAGAUUGUUUCUAUUGGACAUCACAAUAAACCUAUGAAGGUGCUGAGUGGCCACGGCGUGUCUAAAUCGUUGAUCCAAAGCAACGUGGACCUAAUCAGCAUGCCACCCUCAACUGUUCACACCCAAUCGGGACUCUCCCUAAGUCAGCAGACUAAUGCCAGUCUGACCAACAACUCCCACACUGGAAACAUGAACAUCAACCGAAGGCGUUGGAGGAGCAUUUUUCGACAUGUACAGAAAAAUAACAUGGAUUCCAAACAUGCUAAUGUACAUCCCCAAAGGCCGCUGUUUGGACAAGCCUUGUCUGAUGUCUGUGAAAAAGAUGGAUGCCCUCCCAAACCAAUUAUGGAUAUCUUUACAUUGCUGCUAAGAAAGGGUCACUAUACUGAAGGGGUGUUCAGGAGAGCAGGCAACGCCAGGGCUCUGAGAGAGAUCAAGGCACAACUCAAUGAUGGGAUUGAAGUUGAUCUGAGAGAGCAGUCAGUCAUUCUGCUUGCCGAUCUGGUCAAGGACUUUCUGAGACACCUGCCUGGCAGUUUGCUAAUGGUGGACCUGUACAAAGCCUGGAUUACUGCAAUGGAACAGCAAGAUACAAUUGAGAAGAUAGCAGAAAUUCAAAUAGUGGUCAAGAAGCUUCCUGAGCCAAAUAUUCAGCUCUUGACACAUUUGAUUGUUCUCCUCUACCACAUAAGCGAGAACGCAGAUAAAAACAAGAUGGAUUCCAGAAAUCUAGCGGUGUGCAUUUCACCCAACUUGCUGCAAACAGACAAUGUUGAAAAGAUGAAAGAGGUAACCAAUCUGACACAGUUCCUCAUUGACAACUGUUGUCAAAUAUUCGGUGAAGAAGCCCUGACACACUUUGGAGACUCUGAUGAAGAUGAACUCAGCGAUAACCAAGAUUCUUUUUCUUCACACCAUCAUGACUCUGCCUAUGACAGUAAUGACCCUGAUGCAGAUGGCCACAAGGGUAGUUUUUCUGACAUGGACUCUAUCAAAUCUGUCCUCGAAGAGAAAAACCAGGAAGACCCCAGUGCUGUGGACCCAUGGACUUCAAAUCUUUUAAUUCGCAGACGUUCAGAGCCAACAUUUGUUUUCAGCCAAGGUGUUCAGAAGCACAUUGCUCUUACCAGGAGCCAGACAGAGAUGGACUUUCAUGACAAACUUUUAACAAAGCAAAUCUCUGAUGACUGUAUUCUGUUGAGAGCAGGUAACAGCUUGGGGAAAAGCUGUGGUUUGGUACCUAAAUGUGAGGCCCACCCAACCUCCAAAGACUGCUCCUAUUGUUCUUCAAGUUCACUUGAGAGUUGUUUCUCCAGUGCUUCUGAGAGCUCUAUCCACAACAGUCCUCUUAUUGCCCCUUCAUCCUAUCAGAGAAAGGCUCUUCAACGCAAACAGUCCUUCCCAACCCGGCAAUCAGAGACACAAAAAAGGCGCUCACAAUCAAUGAAGACUGCGCAGAUAAGAAGCAGGACAGUUUUUGGAAGAAGUGGCUCGACCAAGCGGGCCAUCGAGAGAACCUUGCGUCAUAGCCAGACUCUACCAAAUGUACUGAAUCCCAAUCCAGAAUCAUUCUCCUCUUUAUGUGAGCCGAGACGUCUGUCUACUGAGGAGGUUUUCCAGCAGGUGGACAGCAGAACACCAAGCGAUCCUCCCAGUUAUCAUCAGGCCGUUCAGAACACAACCCAUCCUGCUCUUUCGAACCAUGGUUCAUUGACUGUUCAAGAUGCCAUGUGUUUAUCAAAGCAAACACACAGCCGUUCCACAUCCCCAAGUGAAGAUACAUUAUCUUCUAGGAAUGAAAGUUGUGAUAUCCACAACAGUGACAAUAAAGAGACAGGUUGUAAUAGCAUACUGAUUGGAGCCUCAUCAGAGUUGAGACAGAGGUCGACAUCUGAAACUAUGUAUAAAGAUUCUUCACCAGUGUGGUGUAAUCAGGAACAUGUCAGAGAGACAUAUGUUUGACUUAUUGUUUUUCCGUUUUUUGGAGAAAUUGUGUGUGUUUAUGACAAAAAAUGUUUUGUUGUACAGUGUUUAGUGUAGUUUGCCUUUUGGAAACAGAGCUUGUUUUGCAUAAUGUACAAAACUUGUUGAGCUUAAUGUACAAUUCAGAAUCGAUGAGCAACCCAAUAGAUGAAUUGUGAUGGAUGUUGAAUGAAUUUUUUUAUCAAUUUUCUUUUUCAUGACCCCAACAACAAAAUGUUUUAUUGAAAGGCACUUUGAGGAAAUGUCACUACAUGGGAUCAUGACUUUUUGUGCAAUGUUUGCAUAAUUGCAUAACAGUUUAAACAUGUUAAUGUCUUGAAAUAAAAUGAAGACAUAAAACAAAGACCACUUAACCGAAUUACUUUUGCCUGGAAAUACAGUGGCCCCUAA